AUGUGGGCCCAUGAGCCGGGAAAAGAAAAAAUUAAAAUUAAUGCUUAUGAAACGUCCUUUCGGUUGGCGAGAGACAAAAUUGAAGCAAAAGAUUGGAAGGACCACCCAUCGCUCGAUGGAGAGUCCCCCCAAGUGUGUCCACAAAGUGAUGCUACCUCCUUAGGAAGGGGAAACAAAAAAUUAAGGAAGUUCAAAAUAGUUGCACAUGGGAGGAGUCACCUCCAUGGGGAUGCACAAAAUGGGAACACCGUCGAAAGGGGCAUCAGGACCGAUUACCUAGGUGAUAAGUUUUCUGAGGGGCAUCAAGACGGAGGGGAGGUUUGCCCUGAUAGGGGUGAGGCGGGUAAGGGGGUCAACCCGUUUGUGUCCAACGAAGAGGGAGUUACCCAGGGGGAUGGAAGCGAAGCAGGUGGAGAAUCGAUCAACUCGUUUACUCAACUGGGUGGAAGCGAAGCAGGGGGGGGACCCACCGCCUCGUUCCCCCAGCGUACCGCCAAAGAGAGCAAACCACACCAGUUUUUAAAAACCCUAUACGAACUGAUCGGAGAGAAAAGGGACAUCUCCGAGGAGACAGCAAAUGGGCUAAUAGAACAAAUGAAGGAGAUCAUCCAGAUGGAAAAGAACUUAAAAAUGGUGUUUCUUCUCCUGCACACCAUGAGUAAGCUGGUAUGUAUCCACGAAUUGGUGGGGAAGUUAUCCUCAGAGAUAGUGAAAGUACAGGACAGCGAAUUGCUCUCCAUCAUUUUCCGCAUAAUGGUUAAUUGCCAUUACACGGAUGGAGAAUUACUGCACGUCCUGGUGAAUAAGCUGAAGGAGCACAUCAAAUUAGGGACAUGCACAACGUUAGCCAUAAGUAACUCCUUUUACAGCUUUGCCAUGUUGCACAGAGAGAACUUAAUCCAAUUGGAAGACAUCCCUAUGGGGGAGAUCAUCCAAAUAAUUGGCAACUAUUACAGCUCCUUUUCUCAUGCAGAGCUGUUUGAAAUUAUUGAGGCGUCUCCCCAUUUUUCACUCUCCAAGGAGAAAUCACGAAAUGGGGAAGUGGGCCAAACGGGUAAGGCAUACCAACAUGUGUAUAAAAAUUUAACCAAAUUGCUACACAAAAUUGGGAACUACUUAGUAGGAGAAAACAUCGCCAAAAGUGCGCCCUUUAAGGAGAUAAAGAAGGUCCUAUACGCAUAUGCCAAGAAUAGGACGUACCACGAGAAACUGCUCCUCCAUUUAUACCCCCCUGUAUUGAAGAGAAUAAAGUGGUACAAUGGGGAUCUCCGCCGGGGGGACGAAUUGGGCAGCUCCCGAGCAGCGUGUGCAGAGUCAACGGAGGAACAGAAGGAAAUCCCUCCACUGAUCAGCGAAGCAGCGCAAAACGUGACGGAUGUCCUCUACGCAUACAGCAAAUUUAGCAUGUACAUAGAUGAGCUGUAUAACGAAAUUUUGCUCCUCCUGCAGCAUGUGUAUAGAUAUAUGGGCUGCUCAGAAUUAUCCCAAUGUUUAAUAUCGUUAACAAAGGUGCAUUGCAAUGUGAGGAUCCUGCUGUCCAAAAUUCACAUGGAAAGAUUUAACGUGCAGGUGAAAAUGUACAGAAAUUUUUUCGCCAACUGUACUCCAAUCGAUUUAAUGAAUUAUCUCCUAAGUUACAGUAAAAAUUUAUAUUUCGAACGGGAGGUAUAUGACAUCAUUGGGGAUUUCCUCCUUCGUGAAAGGAAGAUCAACUCGCUGGAAGGAAGUGACCUGAUCAAUAUCGUUCAUGCGUAUAGCAAAAUUUAUUACCUGAACGGCAAGGUGUUUUCUGCGGUGGAUAAUAUUUUGUGUGCAAGGCUGGACAACAACUCGAAUUAUUUGUCCCCCGAGGAGGCAAUAAAGUACUUAAAUUCGUGUGCAAAAUUGUCGUAUAAAAACGAAAAGAUCAUUUACAGAAUUAUUGAAGUUAUCCAUAGGAGCAAUUUUGUUAAUAUGGAAAUUUUUGAGCUGUUUAAAAUGCUCAAAAGUGUGAAAAGGCUGCACGUGCCAUUCGAUCGCUUGGAGACGCACAUCCGGAUGCUCGUGCCCAACGUCACCUUCGACUUCGGCGCGUACAGCAACCAUUACUACCGGGCCCCCAAGGACCUCCACGUGCGCAGAAAGAAGUGGGUGUGGUAG